AGCUUGGUUGAGAUGGAUGAGGUAUUAGGUUGGUAGUUACUAGCUAGGAAGGAAGAAGGAAGAAGAAAGAAAGAGAUUAGAGAGAUGGAGGUGGAGUUGGAGCCUCGAGUGAAGGCUCUUCCGUACAAGGUGAAAGCCAUGUCCAGGGAGUCCCCUUCUCAGAAGGCACUUCACGUUCUCGACACCGACCUCCGCACUCACUGGUCCACCGCCACCAACACCAAGGAGUGGAUUCUUCUCGAACUCGAUGAGCCUUGCCUAUUGUCACACAUACGGAUUUACAACAAGUCUGUACUUGAGUGGGAAAUUGCAGUUGGAUUGCGUUACAAGCCAGAGACGUUUCAGAAAGUUCGACCACGUUGUGAAGCACCUAGACGUGACAUGAUCUACCCUACAAACUAUAUUCCAUGUCGAUAUGUGAGGAUAUCUUGUUUGCGUGGUGCAGUUGAUUUCUCUAUGCCACUUUUGUUGGUAACCUAA